AAUGCUGUCUGCAAAACAACACAGCAGGACAUCUGGGUUUUUAACAGGCUGAAUAUUUUGAGGGAUUUAAUGUGAAUAAGAAGGAGCUGCUAUAGAUGAAGAGCUGCAACUUCCCCAGAGAGGUAAACCAGCUAAACUUCAUGUACAUGCAUGCCAUGUGCAGCAUUGAAUUCAGAUUAUUGAUCAUCAGUUAUUGCCUGACUUCUUUUUUUUAAAACGACAGCAGCUUUUGUUGACACUAGUUUUCUGCGACUUGUGACAUUAAUAUUGAACCGUGUUUUGGGACUAGGUGUCGCCAAAUGAACCUCUUAUACCUGCAUUUGUCUAAUUUCUCUAGUAAAGACCUACGUAUACACUUCAAUACAGGAUUGUCAUAUUAAAAAAGAAAAUAAACGGAAUAAUUCCUCUACUACAGAUCAUUUUACAAUCUUACUUUGUGCACAUUGCUGUUAUCUUUUCCAGGGUAACACUAUCUGUAGUUUCAUGUGAAAAAGACUCAAAAGUGAAACUUACUUAAAUUACUUAAUGUAACCUACUUAAAGUAUCAAAGGAAGAAAUACUGAUUAAACAUAUUAUUAUUGCUCAUAUUAAUGUAAAAUUAUUGCACAAUAAACUCACAUAUCAGUGGCUGUACAUUUAUAAUGGCUUGAUGAUUGCUGUGCUGGUGCAACAUUAUUUUAUCUUAUUUUUAUUUAGUUAGUUCAGUGUUUUCCUUACACUUUAUACUACGAACUUUUGCACGCUCCUUGGUGAGUAUUGUGCAGGUUCAAGGUUUAGUUUCACUUUUAUUUGUCAUAUGUAGGUCAACACAAGACCCAACAACAGUACAAUGAAAUUAAGAAAUACAAUAGAAGACAAUAAAAUGCAAUAAAAACUGCAUCAUAUAUAGAUCAAAUAUUAAAAAAGGAGCUAAAAGCAGAUAUAUUUAUCAUGUUUUUUUUAUUGUAAAUGUAUAAAUCUUGUUUUUCUCUUACUAUGUUACCAAAAUACUUUUACUUGAUUCUAACUCUGGAGUAAAAGUUUAAUAAUUUAGUGUUUAAACUAACAUCAGAUAGAAAUAAUACCUUAGGUAAAAUACAGAUAUAUUUAUUUCAUUUGAUUAAAUAUACUGAGUUACACUCCAGUAGUGUGUGUGUGUGUGUGUGUGUGUGUGUGUGUGUGUGUGUGUGUGUGUGUGUGUGUGUGUGUGUGUGUGUGUGUGUGUGUGUGUGUGUGUGGCAGUUUUAUUUUGAAAAGCCGGAUUUGACCGCAUGUGUUUGCAGCUUGACGCUUUGUGUCUGAGCGGAGCUGAGACUGAGACAGCGGCAGCUGCUUCUCCUCUCCACAGGCAGAAAACGUUUUUACACAUUUGUAACUUUGUAUCUGCUGUUUCUGAAUCUCCUGAACUCGACGAGAAGCUUCUGUGUUUUUUUUAUUUAUUUAUUUAUUUUUUUGUGUGUUGUUUAACCGACGAACCGUCCGAACAACUUGCCAUGAGCAUCACCCGGCUGGAGAGCUGACCAGUCGGGGUCUGUGGGGAAGAGAGGGGAAGAUGCCUCAUGGACCGCUCCAUCACCACCAGUGCGCCACUUCAGGGCAUCCCAAACGUCGAAUAACAAAGAAAUGCCGAGGUUCAGCGUCAGAUGGAUGGUUGCGCUGCUGUUGAUUCUCGUGCUCUUCGGUGCUUUCUUUUUCUGCGAGUAUCUCAUCUACUUCCCGACCAUCCUCAAGUGCGCCUGGCCGAAGAUCAGCCAUGCACGGGGCGAAGAGGGCAUCGACGGCCGGUCGAUGGACUCAGCGGUCCGCGCUAUGGUGCUGUCGGACACGCACCUCCUCGGUGCAGUCGGGGGACACUGGUUCGACAAGCUGAGGAGGGAAUGGCAGAUGGAGAGAGCUUUCCAGACCGCUCUGUGGCUGCUCAGGCCCGAAAUAGUGUUUAUUCUCGGGGAUAUCUUCGACGAAGGGAAGUGGAGCUCACAGAAGCACUGGGAGGACGACGUGCGACGCUUCCACAGGAUGUUCAGACAUUCCACCGACACAGAACUGGUUGUACUGGUCGGCAACCACGACAUAGGAUUCCACUAUGAGAUGGACUGGUUCAAGCUGCAGCGCUUCGAGAAGGUCUUCAACGCCUCCUCCACCAGGAUCGUCACCAAAAAGGGAGUCAAUUUCCUGCUGGUGAACAGCGUGGCCCUGCACGGUGACGGGUGUCCCAUCUGCCAGUCGGUGGAGAAAGAGCUGAUCAAACUCUCCAGGGACCUCAACUGUUCUCUUCAGAGCUCGCAGUCGGGCGGCGGACUGACGGACAGUUGCGAGGGCUCGCAGCUUUAUCCUCCCACAUCCCCCAUCAUGUUACAGCACUAUCCUCUGUACAGGGUGAGCGAUGCCGGCUGCACAGGACUGGAUGCUGCGCCGCCUGAAGAGCGGCACCUGCUGUUCAGAGAGAAGUAUGACGUGUUGUCUAAGGAGGCCUCGCAGAGGCUGCUGCAGUGGUUUAAGCCCCGCCUCAUCCUGAGUGGACACACCCACAGCGGAUGUGAGGUUCUCCAUGACAACAAGUACCCAGAAGUCAGCGUGCCGUCCUUCAGCUGGAGGAACAGAAACAACCCCAGCUUCAUCCUGGCGUCGGUGUCACCCGGCAGUUACGCUCUGUCCAAAUGUUUCCUGCCGGAGGAGAGCACGGUGAUCGGCGUGUACUGCUCGGCCGGCGCCUGCCUGCUGCUGCUGAUCCUCGCUCACUGUAUGUGGAUGAAAGGCCUGCUGCAGUGCCUCAGCCUCUGCCUGCUGGGGAAGCACAAGUCUCUGUGAACUACAUUACCCAGGGUGCAUACUGCAUCCGCCACAAAGAACAGAGCCAUGAGUUGGUAAAUACUUGAUGUAAAAUUUGUUUGUCCAGAAUGUUUUGCGGCACUGUGAAGGACAUGAAUAUAUAUUUUAAAUGUUUUAAAAGGACCUGUCUGUACUGAUGAUGAUGAUGAUGAUGAUGAUGAUGAUGAUGUGGUGACAGACGUCAGACGUGGGGCAGAUCAUUGUUAGAAAUCUCUGAUUAUUGUUAGUUUGUCUUACCUACCUUGGGCAAGCCAGACAGGUGAAGUUUUUAAUCACAGAAACUGUGCAGCUGUUUCCGGCUGAAUUAUUAGAGCGCGCACACAUAAGACAAAUCAAACAAGUACAUAUGUAAAUACUUAAAGGUCUCAUUCAAGGUGGUUGAAGUCAGAUUGUGGUUUAUGUCUCUUCACUCUGAUGUUAAUUGUGAUCUGAGGUAAACACACUCGAUUCAUCUCACACUCUUGUUUCUGUUGUUGAUGUCCGACAAACCCGUCCCCGGGUUUCUCUCGUCGUUUUAACGAUGCAUAUCUGAAUAUAUUUAUCGCUGACUUUCUGUGCCAAAAUGUUUGUGAGGAGUUUUUUUUGCCAAAUUGUUCAAAACGUUUCUGAUGAACUGUACAUAAUAAAAUCAGAAUCUUAAGGUCUGUUUUAUAGUUAUGGUGUAAACUAGAGGUCGAUGUACACUUUGAGUCACCUGAAGCCAUGUCACUCUAUGGGUGAAAUGUUAAAUAUCAUAUAUUAAAAGGCUACAUGUGACUUUUCAAAAACCUGGAGACUGGUGGCCGAGAUGGACACAAUGUCAUGGUGAUCAAAGAAAUAAAUGUGAUGGAUGCAAAUAAAAA